AUGGCAAGUGUUGAGUCAAUGUUAAAAGUAUUUGAUUCAAUCAAAAUGACUACUCCUAAAGGAAAGGUUGUUAUUAAAACUGACGAACAAAUUGAUCAGUUUAUUGAACAAUUAAAUCUUGAUUAUGAUGGUGUAGAUUUGUAUAUGUUAGGGUAUCUUGGUGGGUGUAAAAAAUAUGGUCGUUUCUAUAGAAAUGAACUUGAAAAAGUUGUAAAAAUAUUAAACUCAAAAAAGCCUUUGUCACAAGAAUUAAAUAACCAAUUUAAUGCCUUAGAAGGAGAGUCAUAUGUUAAAUUUCUUGGAGUUGUAUAUGAUUGGGUUGAUAUAAUGUUGAAAGAACUUCAAUCACAUCAACCAACUGGUGAAAAAGUUAAUUUAAAAAUUUCUGGAUUUGUUCCUGUUGAAGGAAGAACUGAAAUGAUAGAUAUUUUGCAACCAUUGUUAUCUGCAAUUAUUCAGCCUAAAUAUAAAAACGAUGUAUUUGAACAAUUUAUUUAUUUUGUCAUUAACUAUAAGAAAAGAAGACUUAUGAGAAAGGAUGAAAUUCAAUUCCUCAUUGAUUUUUUAAUAAAAUAUCCAAAUAUGAAAGCUGUAAAAAAUUCAGAUGAUGAUACUUGUUAUUUCCCAAUUCUUUAUGAUGAAUUUAUUGAAUAUGUUCAAAAUAAUCACAAAUAA